CCAAAUUGUAACCAUUCCAUUCUUCGAAAUUGCUCUUAUCAAACACGAGAACGAAACCGACCCAUUUCUAAUGGAAUGAAACCGUAACAUUCCGUUUCACUCUGUUCCCAAACCAAACACAGCCCGAUUCGCGGUUGUGGCCCAAAGAUGUCCUGGCCCGGGCCCUCUCAGUGCAGCCCAAGAUAUACGUACGUAUCGCGGACCAAAAAUUCGGCCCACUUACCGUACCCCACCGCGGUUGCGUGAACGGGAGACGCACCUCCCGUGCCGCCGCCGCCGAGAUGCGCGCCGCACAGCCUCGCCGCCGCUGCCGGAGAAAGUCGGGGAUGCAGGCGAGUGGCGCGGCGGCAUCGAGGCCGGCAGGUUCGACCUGCUCCCCUUCAUCGCGCAGGGCGUCAAUUUCGCCCACCUCUUCGCCGAUGGAGGACGACGACCUCCUGAUGGAGAUACUCCUGCGGCUCCCCCCGCGACCUUCCUCCCUCCCCCGCGUCUCCACCGUCUGCAAACGCUGGCGCCGCAUCGUCGCCGACCCCCAGUUCUUCCGCCGCUUCUGUGCCCACCACCGCGAACACCCCAUCGUCGGCGUGUUCUUCAACUCCAGCCUUGUUGAACCCCCCUUCAGGUCGACUCUCGAUCCGCCGGACCUCAUCCCACCAGAGCUCUUCUCCCUGCGGCUCGAUGGCAUCGAAGGCGGCGAUGGCGGCAUCUGGUCCAUCCACAGCUGCCGCCACGGCCGCGUCCUCUUCAUCUGCAGUGACCGUACCGGCAGGGGCUGCCGCCACGUCCUUGUGUGGGAUCCCGUCACAGGCGACCGCCGCUGCAUAGGCAGUCCACCGCAGCUGGAUGGUCACGACUGGAGCGGGUCCCAUGUGCAAGCGGAUGUGCUCUGUGUUGCCGGCGACAAGGGCCACGUGCACGGUGCCUGCCAUUCGAGCCCCUUCAAGGUGGUCUUGGCGUGCGUCAGCAAGGGCGUCGCAUACGCCUGCGUCUACUCGUCGGAGAUGGGAGCCUGGGCCGAUCUCAUCUCAACCAUGGUUCCAUUUGAUACCCCGUCUUCUCUUGGCAGUCGAAGCAUGCUGCUUGGGAAUUCACUCUACUGGUUUCUUUUUGGCCCUCAGAUGGGCAUCCUUGAGCUUAAUUUCGACAGACAGAGCCUAGCAGUGAUCGAGGUGCCACCAGAUGCCUGCGUUGCCAACCAUCAGGGACUCUUUUUGAGUACUCUUGGUGGCACGCUUGGUUUCAUCGUCGUGUCGGAAUCCUACAGAGCGCAACUAUGGGACAGGACGACUAAUUUUGACUGUGUUGCUGGGUGGAUGCCCGGACGAACUUUCGAGUUGCGCAAGCUUCUCCCUCUGAAAUCAGGGGAGUGGAUCAAAAGAGUAAUGUUUAUUGCUGGGGAUGAUAAUGUGGCAUUUCUGUCAACGUCUAGGGGCAUCUUCAUGGUCCAUCUCGAGUCAUUGCAGUUUGAGGAGAUAUUUAAAAGCAACCCUGAUUGUUGGCUGUCCACUAUCUAUCCAUAUCCAUUCAAAAGUUUCUUUGCUGCUGCAGGAGUGAGUGUCGCUUCGAAGUGUUCUGGUUCAGGUGGCAGUGUCUUUAGUCUGAAACCUCAGGAUAAGGUCAUUGUCUCCCAGGAAGUUUACUGUCAGCCAUCGGUCAUCACUACCAGGACCCUGCCCUGUGGAAAUCAACGCAAUUAUAGCUCAAUGACUUCGUGAUCUUGAUGGUCGGGGACAAGGUGAAGGUGGAGCAGGCGGCACAACGCAUCAAUUAGAAUACUGAUCUUUGCUGUUAAUUUAUAUGCGUUUUAUGGUUUUCGGGUGUAUCCUUGAUUUUAUGUAGUUCUGCUCUCUCAAGCACGAGACUAAAGUUUGCUAUCUCGUUGAGCUAGGCUUUGGUGAUAUACGGAAACUUUUUAUGUGUUUUCUCUUACCUGUAGUAGCAAAUCAUUUAUGCUUCCAGAAUUUGUAAGCAGGACCAUGUACUGUUUUUUCCUUUUAACAUAAUAA